AUGCAUCUCCAGCAAUCGGAAUCCGCUGGCCCUGGAGUCACCCCCGAGGACACCAAGACGAAGACUUUCCGCCAGAAGUCCUCAGCGCUCCCUUUUGGCCAGGACAUCUCGUUGUCUUCAAUUAGUGGCCCCACCUACGUGACUGCCCAGACUCUCGUCCAACAAGUCGCCUAUACCCUCUCCGACAAGAUCUUCUCCUACUCUCCAGAGACCUUUGACCUAGACACCGCUGUGAAAUACUGGCAGGCGCAGAAGGAGAAGAAUGCAUUUGGCUAUGAGACGGGCGUUUCAUAUUUGGAAACUCGCACUGGGGCUGGCUCAAUCGCUCUGGGAUACAUGUUCUCCAAGGACUUCGACUUGAAGAAGCGCCACAUUCCUCAGGCUGUGAUUGCCUCUCCUUUCACGCUGAACCACCUCCGACCCGCUCUCGACCAGCUGUCGCUGCUAUACUCGGUCGCAAAUCCAUUGGUUGCACAUGUUUCGGCUGCAGACUAUGCUGGUAGCUCUGCUACUGGGCUCAUCACCGACUAUGUCUCUUCGUUGACCCUGGCGGAUGAUCUGGGAUUGGGUCUUGUCUCGAGCACCUCGGCGUUCGAGAUCCAGCAUAUGGCUCUGUUCGCCACUUUGCUCUCUACCAUCAUUCCUACAAUUCACACCUACGAUGGGAUCAGUGUUGGAAGGGAGACUACAAGGGUCGUUGAUGUUCUAGACCAAGCUGGCCUUUACAACAACUAUAAAGCUAUUUUGGAGGCUACGUCUGGCCUGGAGAAGAAACACUCUGAUCACGAGGGCCAAGCAGUUCGUCUACUGAAGGUUUUCAAUGACGAAUUUGGAACCGAUUAUGAGCUCUUCGAAUACUACGGCCACGAGACUCCGGACACCGUCUUGGUUGUCUUUGGCACUGUCGAAGCCUCAUUGGCUGCUCAAGUAGCUGCAGCCCUGGUGAAGCAAGGUUGCAAAGUCGGCGCCAUCAACGUCCGCGUAUACCGACCUUUUGUCGAGGAAGCCUUCUUGGAGGCUCUCCCCAAAUCGACAAAGUACAUCUCUGUUCUCGGCCAGGUCGAGGAUGCUUCCAGUACUCUGGACAGAGCACAGCACUCUCGACUGUAUUCCGAUGUCUUGGCCGCCGUGCAAUUCUCUGCUAUAGAUGCAACUACUCGAGUCAGCGAAAUCAAGUACUCCAGGGAGGAGGUGUGGACUCCGAGCGGCAUUUUAGAUGCUUUCCGGGCCACGUAUCUUCCAGUGGAAGAGGCUGACCAGCUUCCCUCAUAUGUUGACAUCGUUGACAGCUCAACCGUGCGUCAGUAUAGCUUCUGGGACUUGGACGAGUCUCCUGCUGUCAACGCACCGGUCGUGGUUGGAAAACUCUUCUCCUUGGACUCAUCUACUAACGUUCUGGUUCGUACGGGACACGACAACCUUGUCCACGGCGGUACUAUUCGCACAGACCUGCGAAACUCAAGUUAUGCAAUCGAAGCCUCAUAUUCGGUCGAACAGGCCGACGUCAGCUUCGUAGGAGAUGAGACCUUGUUGAAAGAAUUUGAUGUUUUGGCCAGUCUCAAAACGGACAGUUCUAUCAUUGUCAAACUAGCUGGACUCAGAGACGAAGACAUUGAAAAGAGACUCUCACCCACACUCCGAAAAGGUCUUUUCUCGAGAGACGUGGAACUCUUCGUACUCGAUCCCACACUUUCAGAGGCCGUGUCCGCAGACCCAAGUCUUGAGAACUAUCUCGCCCAGCUAGCCUUCUUGAAGGUGGCUCGGGAGAACACGUUCUCUACGGACGUAGAAAAGCUUGCCACUCUCAACGGCGGUUUCGAAACCAUCAAUGCUCUUGUUGGUGAUCUUCAGAUUUGCCUUCGAGAGAUCGAAGUGCCGGAGUCUUGGGCUACCAUUGAGUCGGAGGCCGAAAGCCUUGAUAUACCCGCAGAUAUCAACGUGAACAGCUUCGUUUCUUUCGACCGCAUUGAGCCUGAGCCACCCAGCCUCCUCAAGUCGUGGCAGGUUGUCGCCAAGGGUUUGGCCUUCAAGGAGGCCUUCGGCACUACUCCUGCUCUCCGACCAGAUCUAGGAAUCAAAACUGCUGUUGCAACUGUGAAGGAGCACCGCCGCCUCACUCCGGAGUCGUACGAUCGCAACAUCUUCCAUAUUGAAUUCGACCUGGGCACAUCCGGACUCAAAUACGCGAUCGGUGAAGCCCUGGGCAUUCAUGCUGAGAACGACAAGGCCGAGGUCGAGGAGUUCAUCAAAUGGUAUGGCCUUAACGCGGAUGAGAUCGUUGAAGUUCCGUCCCGCGAAGACCCGAACGUCCUGGAGAAUCGCACUGUGUAUCAAUCCCUCAUUCAGAACAUCGACAUAUUUGGCAAGCCUCCAAAGCGCUUUUACGAAGCGCUAUCCGAGUUCGCGGACGAUGAAAACGAACGGAAGACUCUUCUCACUCUCGGUGGUCCUGAAGGUGCUGGCGAGUUCAAGCGCCGUGCGGAGGUUGACACUGUCACGUACGCUGAUAUUCUUCUCGAAUUCUCCUCGGCGCACCCUGCCUUCCACGACAUUGUGCGCAUUGUCACUCCUAUGAAGCGACGUGAAUACUCCAUUGCCUCGUCUCAAAAUGUUACGCCUAACUCGGUCUCGCUUCUCAUCGUCACCGUCAACUGGGUUGACCCUAAGGGCCGUGAUCGCUUUGGCCAGGCUACUCGCUACCUCAACGGUUUGGCCGUUGGCUCGCCCGUCACGGUUUCCGUCAAGCCUUCCGUCAUGAAAUUACCUUCCAAGACCACUGCACCAAUCAUCAUGGCCGGUCUCGGUACGGGUCUGGCACCUUUCCGUGCUUUCGUUCAGGAACGCGCGUACCAGAAGCAGCAAGGCCACGAAAUUGGCGAUCUCCUGCUGUACAUGGGCUCCCGGCACCAACGCGAAGAAUAUCUCUACGGCGAAGAAUGGGAGGCGUACCAAGACGCCGGCAUCAUCACUCUCCUUGGACGCGCCUUCAGCAGAGACCAGCCGCAGAAGAUCUACAUCCAGGACCGCAUGCGACAAACUCUCGGCGAUAUUCGCACUGCCUAUCUCAAGAACGAAGGAAGCUUCUACCUUUGCGGUCCUACGUGGCCGGUACCUGAUGUCACGGAGGUGCUGCAGGAGGCGAUCGAGGUACAGCAUGCAUCUCAGCAUGGCAAGGGUGGCAAGAAGGUGGAUAGCAGGCGUGAGAUUGAGACGCUGAAGGAGGCGCAGAGAUAUGUGUUGGAGGUGUAUUAGAGCGUGUUGAGUGAGCGGCUGGUGUUUAGUGCGUACAUAUUGAACUCCCUUUAACGAAAAAUAGAUGAUUCCAAUGCUAAAUUAGAUCUUUUUUCUCACACUUACAU